GGUUUGCUCCUGUUGAAUGGGAAGAAAUGGUUCCAGCAUCGGCGGAUGUUGACUCCAGCCUUCCACUAUGACAUCCUCAAACCCUAUGUCAAAAUCAUGGCGGACUCUGUCAAUAUAAUGCUAGACAAAUGGGAGAAGCUUGAUGACCAGGAUCACCCUCUAGAGAUCUUCCACUAUGUCUCCUUGAUGACACUGGACACUGUUAUGAAGUGUGCUUUCAGCCACCAGGGCAGUGUUCAGUUGGAUGUAAAUUCCAGGUCCUACACCAAGGCUGUCGAGGAUCUAAACAACCUGACUUUCUUUCGUGUGAGGAGUGCCUUUUAUGGGAACAGCAUCAUCUACAAUAUGUCUUCUGAUGGCCGUUUGUCCCGCCGGGCCUGCCAGAUUGCUCAUGAGCACACAGAUGGAGUGAUCAAAACGAGGAAGGCUCAGCUGCAGAAUGAGGAAGAGUUUCAGAUGGUCAGGAAGAAGAGGCGCUUGGAUUUCUUGGACAUCCUGUUGUUUGCCAAAAUGGAGGAUGGGAAGAGCUUGUCUGAUGAGGACCUGCGUGCAGAGGUGGACACAUUCAUGUUUGAGGGUCAUGACACCACAGCCAGUGGAAUCUCCUGGGUUUUCUAUGCUCUGGCCACCCACCCUGAGCACCAAGAGAGAUGCAGAGAGGAGGUGCAGAGCAUUCUGGGUGAUGGAACCUCUGUCACAUGGGACCACCUGGACCAGAUGCCUUACACCACCAUGUGCAUCAAGGAGGCCCUGAGGCUCUACCCACCAGUACCUUCUGUGAGUCGAGAGCUCAGCUCCCCUGUCACCUUCCCAGAUGGACGUUCCAUACCCAAAGGUAUCACAACCACAAUUUUAAUUUAUGGCCUUCAUCAUAACCCAAGUUACUGGCCAAACCCAAAGGUGUUUGACCCCUCUAGAUUCUCACCAGAUUCUCCUCGCCAUAGCCAUGCUUAUCUGCCAUUCUCAGGAGGAGCAAGGAACUGCAUUGGGAAACAGUUUGCCAUGAAUGAGCUGAAGGUGGCUGUGGCCCUGACCCUGCUUCGCUUUGAGCUACUGCCAGAUCCCACCAGGAUCCCGGUCCCUAUGGCAAGACUUGUGUUGAAGUCCAAGAAUGGGAUCCACCUGCGUCUCAAGAAGCUAAGAUAAAUCUGGUGGAGAUAGGACAGCUCCAGAGGUCUGCUGCCUGAAAUACCUGCCUUUGUUCCUGGCUAAUUUAUACUCAUUUUGCUUUCUCUUUGAUUCUCAUCCUUCUGCUGAGUGUCCCGUCAUCUCAUCUUUUUGCCCUCAUUUCUGUAGCUUUUCCUCCAGACUCCAUCCCAGCUUGUGCGUGUACCCAUUUCCCAUCUGGUUUCACCUCUGAUCAGCCACUGAACUUGCCGCCAGCAGCCUGUCCUCCAGCCUGCUUACCCCUCAUCACCAUUGGACUAACAGAGAAAGAUGUAUUUUAGAGGGAGACUCUUGCACUUUGUCUCCCUUCAAUUCUCAGACUCUUGGGACAAUGGACAUCAUGAAUUAAAAUGUUCUUAGAAAUCACAUGCUGGGAGAAAAUUAAUCCUAAAGAUUCUGGCACCAGCCAGAGGAAGGAACUUGACUCAAAAGAAGAGAUUUCUAGAUAUUUCUGUUUGUCUCAUGGUGAAAUUAAUGUAUGCCUCAUCUUUUCUAUGAAAUAAUAAUACUGAUACAGAACAGUAGAGAGAAAUGAAUAGUUUUUGCUACUUUGGGCCAAACUGUAAAUAAAUCCAUUUCACUUCAUUAA